AAGGAAGGGUGAAAGAGUUUUUCUUAUCGGUGCUCGCGUUUCUCCUAUUUUUUUUUUGCCUUCCAUUCUCGAUAUUCGAUUAUUUUUACGAUGGCAAAAGUUAUCUUUUAAAUUUCUCGGAAAUGAAGAAAUAAUGUCAAUCAUUCGACGUGAUCGAAACGACAAAUAACGAACAACGUAAGAAAAAAAUCAAAUUUCUUCGAAGGUAAUGAGAUUGUACUGGCUUACAAUUUGUCUUCCGGCAACGUCUACAAUCAUCUAAUCAAGUUAUAGAUUAGAAAUCAAUUAACAAGUGAUAUCUACGAGGGACCAGUUAUCACGAGAAAGCAUUAUAAAUUUCGUUUCGAAAAGCUUUGGGACGUUCAGGAACGUUGGUGAAGGUGCGAAGAUGCACUCUCGUGGGAUAAGACCAUCUAUGGUGCCGACCUUCGGUAGUAUUCAAUUGAUAACGUGCCUGUGGAUCGGGUGCGCCGUUUGGUGCCUCGUGCAGGCCACUGAUGGCCAACAUUUCUAUCUCCAAACUCGUUACGGCAAACGUGAUGUUUCACGUGCGGACGUGCCAGUACGGUUCGAGCGUUCAGCGAUCUAUCAUACGAAUGGACGAUACGGACGUAGCGAGUCAAAGAUAUCAGCAGAACCAUCAAGACCGGUAAAGAUUGUGCCAAGAAAUAAUAUGUUUUUCCUGGGGAGUCGAUAUGGUAAAAGAUCUCUCGAAGAUCAACGAGUGAUCUAUCAUUCGGAAUAUCCUUUGGAACGUCUCGAUGCCGUUCUUGAGUACGUCGAUGAGGCUCGGCGAAUAGCUGAAGCGAGGCAAAAUCAACGGGAGGAUUUACGAGAAGAAGAACAACAAGAUGACUUGGAAACUGGACCAGUUCUUCCCUUUCAAUAAGCUUGAAUUAUCUUAUCUUGAUGGAUCGUUCGUUUAUUCGUUUCUCUCUUUUACUUGAACGAAAGUGAUUUCUUUCCAUUCCUUUUCUCUUUCUCUCUCUUUACAUUUUCAAUAAAAAUUAGCAAACAAAUUGUCAAACCCCCACUACCUAAGACACACAUUUUCAAUAACAAGAGCCCAUUGGAUAGAUAUCGAAAGAAAGAGAAAGAGAGUGUUCAUAGUUUCUUUCCUCGAUCCAAUUUGGACGAAUCACGACGAGUUUGAUGUUUUUCUGUUUAAUUUGUAGAUAAAUAGAACUUUAUUCCUAUAAAAUGUAUU